AUGCUUAUCUCAAAAUACCCAUCUUCGGCCAUAGCUCGCCUACACGAAUAUGUCAUUCACAGUCCAGACGAUAUUGUCCGACAGGAGAUCGAGAAGCUGUUAUCGGAUUGUGAGAGAGCAAUAGUUAGCUUGGACCCGACAAUCAGGAUCUCGGACUUACGAUGUCAGAUGAGCACUAGCUUAAGCCAGGAGAGUGCUGAUGGUGUCAUCAGUCACGAUGUGGGCGCCGUCGAUUCGUGCCUUAGCGGUGAAGCCGACUAUUCUGUGAUUGAUUCAUCGCUGCCCAAAAGUCGCUGCUCAGAGUUAGAUUCGGUAUCCGACACGCCGAUGGAGAUCUUCUCAGAUAUUGAAGGGAGUUUUAGUGUUGAUGUUUCCAAUGAG